AUGGCCACUCAACGCAUUGUAUCUUUCCCCGACGUCGCUACGAGCGGACCUCGUAGCUCUGCCAGCCUUCCCAAGCAAUUGGUAGACCAAAUGCAGGGCAUCUUUGGCAAACAUCCCGGUUUCCGUACAACGCACGCCAAGGGCUUGCUCGUUGAGGGACGUUUCACUCCCACUGAGGAGGCCAAGACCCUCUCCAUUGCUGCUCACUUUAACCGCGCCUGCACUCCGGUAGUCGCUCGCUUUUCUGUUGGCGGUGGCUUGCCAUUGGUAGCUGACGUCGACGAUGGUGCUACCCCCAAAGGCGUUGCUGUCCGUUUCCAAAUUGAUGACAACACACACACGGAUCUCAUCAGCCAUUCGUUCAAUGGCUUUGCUGCCAACACCGGGGAAGGCUUCCUUGCCUUCCUCAAGGUCUUUGGCAACGUCGGUGUGACCGGCCGUGAGCUGAAUGAGGCGGCACAGCGAGGCGGCGACACAGCCAAGGAGCAGGCGGCCUUUGGCAAGGCCCAAGUUGACUUUGGUGCAUUCCUCGGCCAGAACGAGGCAGCUGCCAGAUUCAUCAACAGUCCCAAGCCCAACCCUCACAACUACGGCACCAUCACCUACUACGAGCCCAACACACACGUCCUCACCAACAAGGAUGGAAAGGUCACUAAUGUGCGCUACCGCCUCAUUCCUACUGACGGCGAGCACUUGUAUCCCAACAACACAGCUGCCGACAAGGCAGAACUCAGCAAGCUCGGCCGUGACUAUCUUGAAGAUGACCUCAAGCAGCGGUUCCCUGGCAAGCCUAUCAGUUUCAUUAUCCAAGCUCAUAUUGCUAAUCCUGAUGACGUCUUGUAUGACGCUACUAUUCCUUACAAGAGCACGACAUUCGUGCCUAUCGGUCUGUUGGAGAUUAACAAGGUCUCAGACAGCAAUGCGGCCCGCCAACAGCUCAUUGCCUUCAGCCCCAACCCAGGAAAGGGCGGCGUCACAGGCAUUGCACCUUCGGCUGACCCAUUGAUCCAAACACGAGAGGGUGUAUACAAGAUUAGCGCCGGUCAACGAAGGAAUGAGGUGCAGGAGAGGCCUGUUGCGCACAAGCUAUAA